UGGGCGGGUCCGGAAAGGGCGCGCGGGUGACGUGGGCAGCGGAGCGGCCCGGGCUGGGAUGGAGGGGCUCUACCAGCAAACCAACAAGCAGGUCCAUGAGGUCCAGUCUUACAUGGGGCGCCUGGAGACUUCGGACAAGGAGUCUGUGCACUUAGUAGAAAAUGAGAUUCAGGCAAGGAUAGACAAUAUAUUCAGCAACUUGGAGCGCCUGGAAAUCCUGUCCAGCAAGGAACCUCCCAAUAAGCGACAGAAUGCGAAACUCCGUGUUGACCAGCUGAAAUAUGACGUUCAGCAUCUACAGACAGCCCUGAGGAACUUCCGACAUCGCCGUUACAUCCGGGAGCAGCAGGAGAGGCAGCGAGAAGAGCUGCUUGCGCGAACAUUCACUACAAAUGAUUCUGACACCAGCAUUCCGAUCGACGAGACAUUACAGUUUAACGAAUCCCUCCAGAAUGCCCAUCGUGGCAUGGAUGAUCUUAUUGGCAGCGGGACCCACAUCCUGCAGGGGCUGAGGGACCAGAGAGUCACCUUAAAGGGUACUCACAAGAAGAUCCUGGAUGUUGCCAACAUGUUGGGCUUGUCCAAUACCGUGAUGCGGCUGAUUGAGAAGCGAGCCUUUCAGGAUAAAUACUUCAUGAUCGGGGGAAUGAUUUUGACUUGUGUAAUUAUGUUUCUCAUCGUGCAGUAUCUGACAUGAACCACUGAGCUGCUGUCAGAGGAGAUCCUUGUUUGGAGCAGGAUGUACUCUCCUCCAAACUGUACUUUUCUCUGGGAGCUGGUUCAGAUGAGCCCCUCCUGUGAACUUUGGAGUUUACAAAUCACGCUUGGACAGAAAUUUUGCUGGGGAUGCUGUAGUCAAGAGCGGCCCUGUAAAAAUAUCCCUGGCCUUCCCUGCUCUUACCUUAUUGUCUGCAGGUUUAAGAAUCUGGUUAAAUAGAAAGCAGAAGGAAAAAUGUUGCCCAGCUGCAUUGCAAGGUAGGAGGGAGCUUUGGGGGAGAUGGAGAUCGGGGAAUGCAAAGGCAGAGAAUGAGAUGUCACGAGCCCUUCCUGUGCCUGCUGUAAAGUCACCCUGAUUGUUGUAUUUUGCAAUGAAAGGAUGGCACCGAGGGGAAUUUCACAUUGUGGGCACGCUCCUGCGGGGCAAAGAGGUGGGAAGUGAAGGGUUCCCAUCCACACACUCACUGCUUUGCUUGGAAGGAACAAGAUUUGUGGGGAAGGAUCUUAAAGUACAGCUUUAACCUCAGCUGACUUUUGUUUACACAUGCAGUAUUAACCAGCACAAAUCUUCCCAUUUAAGCUGAAACACUUUUCACCUCACCUAAGGUUAUGUUUUGGUGCCUCUUUCUGCCCUGCUGCUUCCCAGGGGAAGCAGAAUGCCACAUGCCUGCCUGCUUUCAGUCAUAUGCACGACGGGCGUGUGCCACCCGGCUGUGCCUGGUACCAAACCCAGCCACCAAAAACUGUAAGACUGAUAUUUUUAGUGCUGGUGCACAUCAUGUUUGGCGAGUUGUGUUUCCUGUUGAGGCAAUUGGUUGGGUUUUGUGCUCUGAGUUGGUGAAGUAGGCAAGUCCUCGCCAUGCUCAAAUUCAGAUUUACGAGUUUUAUGUUCACAGAGCUGGAAUGAGCGCUCCCUGCUCUUCUUUGCAUUCAGAGUAAUGGUGGGAUCAGGGCAACAAACCUUUCACUUAAAACCACUUGUCAAGAGUUUCCUGGAGUUACGUGCCUUGGGAUGGACACCAUCCCUCAUCCUUUGGAAGGGCAUUCUCUGCGUUAUCCUUUGUUCCCGCAGAAUUACUGUGAAAGACAUCCUUGUACUCAUCUCCCAGAGAUGGCAGCCAGCUCAGACCUCUCCGUGGUUGUAGGUACCCAUCCACAUCACAGUGGUCACCGCUGAGCAGCACCUCAUUGUUUAACUGGGCCUCCCUUCCCUGCAGACUCUGUCGGAGCAGCAAUCCUGAGACUUUGGGCAUCAUCCAUUUCAAUUCACCUUCAGAUACAUUCCCGUCCCGUUCUGUGUCCAGGGCUGGAACAUUUCCAGAUGUCCAACGGUGGCAUAGAAGUGUCAUGUUCAGAGAAUGUGGCGUAAUGCCAGCAAUGCCUUUGUUUUUUCUGUCCGCACUGGUGGUGGGUCUUUAAUCAGUAACGGUUACAAGUUCUGCAUUCUUUCUGUGCUGCAAUAAGCUUUGCUUUUAUUUUGUAGCCUGUUGCAAACUUGCAGAAAUGGCAUUAAUAACUGUAAAAGUGAAUCUCUGUUAAUGUGGGCAAGCAAAACAAUCAGGUUGGUACUGGGAACCCAGGGCAGAGUCAGCAGUCAGCGCUGGCUGCACCGCAGCACAGGAGGGGAAGCCAAGAUGCCUUCAGCACCAGGUAAUCUUGUCGGAUGGUUCAGCAGAAGAAAGCAGGAGCACCUCGAUGCUCGUGGGAGAUCCCUGUGUGCUGCUCGGCUCCCAGCUGCCCACUGCGUGCCUCUCGUCAUGUUUGGUGCCUCUGAAGUGUUUUGUGCUCUUCGUGUUCCUCCGUCUGCUAGGCUUUCCUGAGGAAAGAUGUGAAGAGAUUGAGUAUGGAAUUGGUUUUUGUUUGAUCCCAAGGGACCA